CCGGCCAAUGGGCGCCGCGGCCGCCGCGACGAGCCUUACAAAGUUUCCCGUCGCGGGCGGCGGCGUCCCGGGGGCAGCGGGGCGCGAUGCCCGUGGGGGGCUGAUGUAGGGACCCCGCUAUCCCCCAGCGCCCAACACCCCUUGUCCCUCGCGGCACGCUGCUGGCUGCCUUUGGAAGGAGAUUCCCUUUCCUUUCGGCGUGCGGGGGCGGAGGAGGGAGCGUGGCGGCUGGCAGGGGGUGUCCGAGCAUCCCCCGCGGGUACCUGGGGCGCGGAGUGCGGGCUCCGCAGAUGCGCUUAACCCUUCCUUGGCUCCUCGGCUUUGUACCAUGCUGAAGAUCCUCACCAAAAAGCUCAGGAACCAGAGUUUGAAUGAAAUUCAGCCUUUCCAACUCAAGUGAAAGAGUACACCUGUGCAAGCCAAGUCUUGAUAACUUCAUGGAGGAUGAAAUACUGUGGAUGUUUAUGGAACCUUCCCAGUGGACUUGGAUGUACGAAAAUAUGUUGCUUGGAAAAUUGGCACCAAAGCUGCCACAGAACUGCAUCUCCUAUCCCCCAAGUGAUGAGGACAGCGAUGACUCUGAGGGAGAGAACCAGGAACUUGCCCAGAUCGACAGAGAGAGAAGACGGAAUUGUACUUUGACCCCUCUGGCCACCAACCAGCUCCAGAACCAGGAGAACCAAUGCUGCAAGGUUCGGGCCCUCCUCCAUGCCAGUCUUGACCGCCACAGCUCAGAAGAGGAGCUAGAGCGCAUCAACAGAGAGUUCGCCGCUGAGAAGCGGAAGUGGUCCCAGGUCAGCAGGCUUACCUGCUGCAGCGACAGCAACAACACCUCCUCCAGUGAUGAAGAAGUGAAGAACUUGUGUGCGAUGUCCUUCCGACCUGUGACAGAAAACGCUGAUGGUCUGCACACCAGUGCAAGCCCCGUGCUGUUCAGUGCCUCCCCUCCCAAGAGACUCCAGCCACUGAUGCGGACCCCAGCCUCCAGACCUUUAAUUUUGACAAGCGUUGGGGCAAGCCUUGAGCAAGUCAUGCCUUGUAAGAGACAUCGACAAGGAUACGGGGACAAGGUCAGCAGGCCCAGCCUUGACCUCGAAAAAAUGCAACAGAAGAUGCUGCUCAAGAAGAAUUGUGGAGCGAAGACUAGAAUUAUUAAAAUUCGUAGCAUCAAUGGAGGCCGCCCACCGCCCCACUUUGUGUAUGAUCCAUCCACCUUUGCCUUCCGUUCCCUCAGCACCUUGAAGCCGCUGAGCCCAAUAGGUCCAGUGGAAGAACCAUCAUGUGCCUACUGAAGGAGUUUCUCCAAAAUCCUCAGGAACUAUCAGCCAACCACCUGCCUGGCAAGGAGAAGGGGAGGUGGCAAUACCCAAGGGUAUGGGUGGGAGAAGAUGGGGACAAUGACACAUCUUUGCAAUACAGGCUCUCUGGCAGCAGGGAACAUACGGCUUUGCAGCAGUGCCUGGUUUUGUGCUAUUGCCAUCUCUGAAUAGUGGCAAAGGGAGAUAUUUUUUUUUGUCUUUCAGGGCAAAAGAAACCAGUCAGGUCCACAAUUGCAAGGGCAGCCACCAAGGCAGUAUCAAACACAGGGAGGUGGUAAUUGAAGAUAUUUGUGAGGGGUUCAGGGGCUAGUGUGGCCUACAUGGCAACAGGGCUGAGUGAUCGGAGUGUGAAGCCAAGUCCAGUCAGUUUCCCAAGAGUACCUGAGUCUAAACCUGCUAUACCCCUGACCCUUCUUCCACUCAGAAGUGAGCUCAGGAUUUGAGACAGAGGCUAUACUGGGAUGCCUGCAAAGCAAGAAGAUUCCUCUCCGAGAUUGUUCUAAUUGUACUUCAGGCUUUCAUGAGUGGAAAUCCCUAGGAGAGGGAGGUGGCAGGGGAUAACUGGCACAUCUAGCUGCAUGUUCCAGCUGGUUUGCUGGCAACUCAGUGAUAUUGUCUAAAAUGGAAUUGAAAUGGGAGGCAUGAAUCUCCCACUUGUAGAAGGGAGGUUAGAGUAAAACUCCAGAAUGGAAGGUCCGUGUUCAGCCAUCCAAGAAAACAUAAUGCCUGCCCUCAGUCCUCUCAACAUCAUUAGAGAGAACUUGGGAGUGACUUGGGGGUCUCCUUUCUGCCGAGGCUGUCUGUGUUCUGGGAUAUGGAGCACUUCUCCAUAGCUGCCCUAACAUGAUACUGAAGCUAAUUGCUGUCACCAAACUCAAACAUAAUGUUUCCAGCAAGCUUUCCCAUCCCCUGUUAUGCCAGCUAUUAAAUUCAGGUAGGCUCUUCUUGUAUCAGUGGAACAAGUUAUUUCCAGAUGUAGCAUACAGUGGGAGAAAGAGGUCUCUGUUUUGUGGCCACCUGUUGGUGGAAGAAACAGGAGGGGAGUUCAAGUGAAGCUGUGGGACAUUUCUCCAUAGACAGUCAUUAAGCAGUUAGGAACCCUUGCUACCAGUGCAGUUUGACUGGGAUCUGACCUUAAGAUGUGUAUUUCGUGCCACAAGGCACCAGCUAAUAGAGCAAGCUCUCACCUCUCUUGGUGAGGCAGAGGAACAAGGCAUUUCCCCUUGCUGCACCUGCUAGAGAGAGUAAUCUCUUUGUCUAGGUGUCCCCCCACCUUGAGCCUCUGUCUGGCUGAGUGCAAGGGGGAGCGAGUAGUUUACUUCUUGUCUGGAUCAAGAUGAGCAACUGUGAGUAAUAUAAAACUUUUGUUUCUAAAUCUGCUCCAGUGUGGAGGUCUUUGAUGCUACUCUUUGGAUGAGACCAAUGGUCAGUCCAGCUGCCAGUAGGAGGCCACACAGUGAACCAGCAUUCAUUGGUGCUUUCUGGGCCCUUCACUGAGACCUUUGGGGAAAGCCCAAAGGCUGUGUAGAACUGGGGGCCUGAAUCCGCCCCCCCUGCCCCUCUCCAUCCCUAACCACCUGUCACUCAGGCAGGCAGAGCAGCUGGGCAAGGUAGUGAGGGGAGAUUUGUCCUGAUGCUGCCCCAGCUCUGCCUGCUCUUUGGCUCCAGACUGUCACAGCUGGGCCAUCCCCUGCACCACCACCAUCUCCCAGGGGCCACUUGUGUUUGCUGGUGAGGUAGCUCUGGCACAGCAUUGUGAUUCUCUGCAAGAAGUCCCUUCUUCCAACAGUGGCAAAAUCCCCUGGUGAUUCCUCCUCCCCCUGUAAAGACUCUGCUUAUCUUGUUUUGAUGGUACACCUCAGCUUUUUAAACUGCUGCCAGAUCAAGCUGACUCGUGCAGGACAGGAUGCAUUACCCCUUCGGACCAAAUCCUUGUGCUCAGGAAAAGGGACAGCCGUAGCCUGGUACCUGUCUGAAAAGGCACAUUCCCCCUGCUAAUGGCUGGGAUGGCACCCCUGCAUGGCCCUGUGACCCUAGGCUUUGUUCAAGGAGAGCUUCGGAGAUGCUUGGCGCCAGAGACAUGUUUCUGCCAGCAGGUGUGGCAGAGGCUGGCUUCCCCUGGGGUGGGAGUGGGGAGCAGGGAUGUCCUGCCAAUAUUGUUGCCUUUUAGUACUUUUGUAACUUUUCUGUCUUGUCUUUUUUUUCAAUCAGAAGGAAAAAUAAUAAAAAAAAAUACCAACAAUGAAUUAA